GUUUUACUUACUCGCCUCAAGCUGAAUCACCCUCGGCUUGAUUGGACUCAGGCGCCUUGCCCUUCCUGUUGGAACUUUCUUGAUUGACUUUGGACACAAUGGCCUUCUUCAACAUGCAGAACGUGGAACUGGCCCUCUUGAACAAUGCUGCCUUCUCGUUCAUCUUCCACUCUGGUCCAUCCGGGCCUUCUCGCUCCUCCUGCUCCUCCUCCUCCUCCUCCUCUUCCGGGCGGGUGGCGCCCGCAUGAAGAAUCGAGGCUUUUACCUGGGAGAGUGCAUGGUCUGGACUCUCCAGACAUCGGCUGUUGACAUAAUCAGCUUGGUGGCUGGUGGAGAUGGCGGAGAGUCCUACAAUGUCACUAACGUCUCUGUAUGCUAUAUUAGGCGUCACCCCAUCAGCAACCAGUGCUGAAAUCCGUGAGGCAUUUUUCGGUGCAGCUUUGCGUGCUCAUCCAGACCGAGGAGGCACUGAUCUCCAGCUUCAGAAGGUCAUGCAUGCCUUUGAGACGCUUUGCGAGCCCGGCAGCUUGCAUAGGCAUAGUCAGGCUCAGCAAGGACGCGAGGUGCUUGUGCCUCUCAGAAGCAAACUGGGCCGCAAAGAUGCUGUGACACCGGCCAGCAAGCCUAGCGAGCCUUCUAUGCUGCCGCGCCUGUGCAAACUCCUUUGCCGCCUUCCACCUUCAAAACGACGAUCUGUCUUGCAAACAUUUUCGCAACAACAGCGUCUUUUGCUUGAAAGGUGGAUGCUGGCAAAGCAACCAAAAAGCAUGACUGUGGAGAAGGAGGCAUCGCCCCUGAAGAGAUCAAGGACUCUGCAGAAUGUUUGCCUCCGCAAGCGGGUGCAAAGCGUGGUGCGUGUGACUCGAAAUCGCAAGUAUCGCUACUACUUGGCAUCGGCUGCAGUUGGUGAUGGCUUGCGAUUGAUUACACGCACUGUUUGCAGCUUGGAGGCAGCUCUCAACUUCCAUGCCGUGCUGGUGGUCAUCAAGAAGCGGACUCUUCUAGGAACUGGGAGCCUGGACUCCAGGUUUCGAGAUGCUCUACGCUCAACCUUUUUCGACUUCCGCAUGGAUCCAGAUGAUAUGGGUUUGAAAUUCAUCGUUGGCUUGCGUGUGCUUUGGAUGAAAUCACCGCUGCGCACACCAGCUUACUUGGUGGCAUCACAGCUGGACGCUGGCCUUCAGGCUUUACAGCGCCUGCACAAGGCGCGUGGCUACGUCAAAAACUAUGUGCUGAGAUCUGUGAGCCAGGGGGAAUUGGAGAAGCGUUGGGAGCAGAUUCGAGGAGAGUACCUGGACAUUAUGAUAGAAGCUGGCUGUGAAAGGCAAGCUGUCUCCAACAGGCUGGAUGUUCUGGAUCGAGAACGAAACUCCAAGCUUCAGGAACAAGCCAGUCGCUGGCUUUCGCAGGGUGAUGACCAGUCACAAAGCUGGCGACUCUCUGCAACUGCGGAUGUUGAAAAUGGCAGUCGGGACAUGAAGACCAUGAGGAGAAUUGAGUCAUUGCUGUCCAGAUGGAAUCAGGGCGCUCAGCCAGGAAGGAAGCCACAGAGGGCAUGACGGCCCCGCUUUGCCUGAAUCGCAGCUGGGCAGAGCCCUGUCGAGCCUGCGGGUCCUUUGUCAAUGACAAGGGCCGGUUUAAGCACCGUUGACAGGAGGCAUUAUCUCCUCAGCAUGCAGCGGCAUGACCCAAGCAGCAAAUUGGAGUUGUGAAAUGAAGCAUCGCAACUCAGACGCAGGAAAUACUUGCUUCUGCACAUAGUCAAGGUGUAAGAUGCUAUGCAUACAGCAUAGCAGACACCAUGUUGUCAGAAGCUGUCAAGAGCAUCGGUGUUUAGUGCUGCGAUGCGCAGCGCCCUGCAUCUCAACAGGCAGGCUACCAGG